AUGUCGGAUAUAAUGGAGGAAAUUGUCGACUUGAGUAUCCUGGAGGCAUUAAUGGAAGCAUCCUUGAGGAAUUCGGCAAACGGCGUGAUAGUCGAAAGGCGGGGAGUUGAUUUUAACAACUUCAUGCGAAGCGCUACGAUGGCUCAACGAAGGUCGUCUCAAAAACAAACGUCCGACGCAGACAAGAAGGAGCCGGUAUGGAAAAAGGUUGGGUCUGGACUUUUGGAGUCGCAGGAACCAAGUCCACCAAUUCACAUAGAAACAACCUUUACCCUUUUCUACGCACUUAAAAAGAUGUAUCAAAUUACGAAGAACCCAUUCAUAAUAUCAACUGACGAAAAAGGUAGCAUCGUUUCUCCAGGAAAGAUCCUAUAUGACAAUAUAUGA